UUUUCCGUACUAAGUCCGUUAUGCCAAAGCAUAAGAAGGCAGAUAGACACUCUUCCUCGAGAAGAGGGUCUCGAUAUUAUUUUUCAAGAGAAAGCUCGCAUAAUCGCGCUCAUAAAGACAGACAUCGAAGGAAGAGAUCCAGGGAUUUCAGCUCAUCGGACGACAGCUAUUUAGCGAAAGAAUCAUCGACGCGACGUUCCCGGUCCAAGGAGAGAUACCGUGAGAUUCUCCAAGAUAUUCAGCAAUUUCUUGCGGAUCGAAACGGCUCACAUAACCUAGACAAGUGUCAGGUUAGUUCACCCGCAGAGGUUAGAUCGGUCCAAGACGUUGCUUCAGCAUCGUCUUUGGCAUCCGUUGCGCCACAUGCCUUAGAACAAGAGCAUGAAGAACACACGGCCGCGCAAGCGAGCCGCGGCAUUGUACCAGCCUCAGCGGAGAUCGUUUCCAUCUCAGAGGAAAACCCCACAGCAGCGGGUAAUGUAUCCUUUGCCGAUCCACCCGCCACCGUCGUUCCCGAAUCUCAGGACCCGGAGGUCGUCCCUGAGACACACGCUUUAGUCAACGAGCUUUUUGGGGAAGCUCAGGCUCCUCCCACAUCAGCUCUUUGGAAUUCCGUCGUUUUGAAUUCAAUCCAGACGGAGUCGCGAGGUGGCCUUAAAGCAGAGAUUCGCACUAACCUUCUGACGAAAUACGAGGUGAAAGAGGAGCUUGCAGCUUUGGCUCCACCAAAGUUGAACAAGGAAAUCAUCGCAGCAUUGACCCCUUCAGUCAUGAAAAGAGACGAGUACCAACUGUCUUCACAGACACAGGUAGGGGCUUGCCUCAACGCCUUCGGCACGGGCAUGUCGCUAUUGUUGAAGCCAGAGGUCUUACAGGAUCUCAGGGACGAGGCAAAAUCGGCUAUAACAUUAUUCGCAGAAGGCAUUCACCUGCUUGCCGACCAUCACUACCGUCUCUCACUCGCGAGGAGAGCCUUCACCGAGCCUUCUCUCAACAUCUUGGGUAAGAACGCCGCAAAGUCAGCACCUAUCGACGAGUUUCUCUUUGGCAAGAAUUUUGCCGAAACGCUCAAGGCGGCUCAGAUUUGUGAAAAGGCCGGUCGCGAAGUCUCCAAACCAGUUCCUCAGGUGGGGAAGAAAACGCUACAACCUGUCCGUCAAGCAGCUCAGCAACGUGGCCAGCCUCAAACAUCUAGGCCUUCGGGAAACAGGAAGGCCCCUGUCCGUCCACCAGCGGCUCGCCGAUCAGGGGCCCACCAUUACCAGAGCCGGCGCCAUCGCUCCCAGUCCCGAACCAGAUCUCGAUACCACCGUUAAACGAUGAGCUGCCACCCAACAUGGAGGACUCUUUCCCUGGGGGUCACGAGGUUAUCAGGGAAGCGUUCAGGGCCCGGUCAGUUCCAG